GUCACGGGGUCAAAGGGCGUGCCGGCUUCCGCUUCCAUCACUGUUUCGGGCCGCUCAGCGUCUCUGAGGCAACGCGGGGCUGAGCCGGGCUCCCUUCGGGUCGUGAGGUUGUCAAGAAAGGUUGAACAGAUAAAAAGAUGAAGCUUUACAGUCUAAGUGUUCUUUACAAAGGUGAUCCCAAAGUGCACUUACUGAAAGCUGCUUAUGAUAUCUCAUCAUUUAGCUUCUUCCAGAGAUCCAGCGUUCAAGAAUUUAUGACCUUCACAAGUCAACUGAUUGUAGAACGUUCAGAGCUUGGAAGCAGAGCUUCUGUAAAGGAACAAGAAUACCUCUGCCAUGUUUAUGUACGGAAUGAUGGUUUGGCUGGAGUGGUAAUUGCAGAUCAUGAAUAUCCAUCCCGGGUUUGUUUCACAUUGUUGGAUAAGGUACUUGAUGAAUUCUCUAGGCAAGUUAAUAGGAUAGACUGGCCUUCUGGAUCUCCAGCAACGAUAACCUAUACAGCAUUGGAUGGAUACCUUAGUAAAUAUCAGAAUCCUCGUGAUGCCGAUGCAAUGACAAAAGUACAAGCCGAAUUGGAUGAGACCAAAGUUAUCCUGCACAAUACAAUGGAGUCCUUGUUAGAACGAGGAGAGAAACUGGAUGACUUAGUGGCCAAGUCAGAGAUUCUUGGAAAUCAGUCAAAAGCCUUUUACAAAACUGCCCGGAAGCAGAAUUCAUGCUGUGACAUCAUGUGACUCCAUUCACCGUGUACCUUCACCACCGCUUUGGACUAUCUGGAUUGGAUUGGAUUUCAUGACUCCUGGAGAGAGAGGCAGCAGCACCUACAUGUAACUACAGCAGCAGCUGAUGUUCCCAGAUUCAGCCAUUACAGCCACACUGGAGGCAAGAAAUAGGCUACCAUGUUGGGGGGCUCCAUGAAAUUGAAACCUUAUUUGAAAAAACGAACUUUCAUGGCAAGAGUGUAUCUGGGAUAUUAGGUUGGUGACACAAAGGGAGUUGAGAAUGGAUCCUGGUGCUUACACACAUUCCUGUUUUGGUCAUUGGCUGAUAUCUGUGUGGGGAUUUGCUGCUCUCCUUCCAAACCUACAAACAGAUGUAGACUCGUGCAUACUUAAGAGUAA